GAUCACAAGCGUACAUUAUACUCUUCACGUCUUAUGGCUCCCCUACGAGGAGAUUUAUAUGAUUUGACCCGGAAAAGCAUGUGAAAACGCCGAUGAUUUUUGGCGCUGAACAGCAGAUAUCGCUCAGGCCAGACGAAAAUGUUAUACUUGAAGCAAGGUCUCUGCCUGACUAGCAACGGACAUGUAGGGUUGAUUACUUCCCUCAUACAUCUUCUGAGUUCUGUACCGGCGAUUUAUGACAUUGUGAGUAGCUGCCAACCUAUGGAUUGGUCAACAACAAGCAAAGCUCUAUUCAGUGAUCCAAAGAAAUUCUUCAAAUCCCUGCAAAAUCUUCCGUUUGCCAGAGGCCUACCUCCAUCACGAAUAAGUCAACAGCCCGGUCAUGCUAGUAUCCUCAAGAAAGCCAUUGUCUGUGAUGGAAUCCACGAGUCUAGCUUUAAGAAUAAAGGCGCAGAACUGAAAAAAGAUCUUGCAUACAUCUGGGAAAAUGAGUGGCUCCACGAGGUGAAAUCAGACGACGAUAUACACUUUGUAUUCGCAAGCCAAAUCUACCAUUGGUAUUGUCAGUGCCUUCUCUCAGAGGAACAUAUGGACACCGAACUCGAGUAUGACUCUCCCUUACAAUUGGCACUCGAUGCUAUUAGGGAUUUCCAACCUCGUCAACUGUCGGAUGCCCCACGUUCUCUGACAGGAAAUAUUUCGCCACUAGAAGAUCAAUAUCAGAAAGAGUUCCACCGUUGCCUAUUUCCAUUGCUGGAUGGCCAUGUUAUAAUGUCUCCAGAGUAUGUGAUCAAGGCAGGUACUAAUGGCGGGACAAUUGACUUCCUUGUCGCCCAGAAGAAAUGGGGAUUGGAACUCCUGAGAGUCCGCGAUCGGAUUUCCCAACACGUGGCAAGAUUUGAACCAUGCGGACAAUAUUCUACCAUGAUACAAAACGAGAAGAUGGAACAGUACGCUGUUCUCGACUUUACUGACAAACUCCCACAGAAAUUCCUUCCAGAGUUUCGUGGCAGUCUGUAUCAUGUCGUGUUCUCGGAAAAUUUCUGA